AUGCCUCUCAAAGCCAACGAGUCCAAUUCCACUCUGUCCAGCAGUGGCAGUAGCGGUGACCAGGUGGUGGUGGUUGCCAACAUGCGAGGGUCUAAUCCUGUCCCACGCAAAACACAACCUCCGGUCGUCAUCCAUAACCAAGGCGGUCAAAUCUACGAUGAAACACGACCGUCUGAUUGGGACAAACAGCGGUGGAAGUAG